GAUUGGUCGCUCCAUACGCACCGUCAAGUAUUAGUACAGUCAAACAGACAAACCGCACUUUAGCCUCGAUAGAAAACCCCGCAGAAAGAGAAAAGAGAGAGAGAAAGAGAGACUCGUUGUUGUUGUUGUUGAGUGUAAAGCUUAUUUGAUUGUUAAGAAAAGUAUCGAAGACACAAAAGACAGUUUGAUGGUAAUGAUGAAGAGUUUGAUGAAGAGACCUUACUGUUCACAUGGUUGAAAUGGGUAUUGGAUUCACCAACUUGACGCGACCAAAACCAAGCUGUGCGUUGAGUCGCUCCUUUCACUUGCGUCACAAGUCUUUCAUAUACCACCACCAACACCAUCAUGAUCCAUUGCCUUGAACCUUUUAUAGGAUCUCAGUCGCGGAUCCACCACAACCACUUUCAUAGUCUGCUUUCUUUCUCCAAUGGACCCCACAUCUCGUCCGGCCGUCGUCAUCGACAACGGCACCGGGUAUACUAAGAUGGGUUUUGCGGGGAAUGUAGAGCCUUGUUUUAUUCUUCCAACAGUAGUAGCAGUCAACGAGUCAUUUCUAAACCAAUCAAGAACGUCUUCAAAGUCCAAUUGGCUUGCGCAAUACAACGCAGGCGUCAUGGCGGACCUUGAUUUCUUUAUUGGGGAUGAAGCAUUCACGAGGUCGCGAUCUAGUAGCACUUAUAAUCUUAGUUAUCCUAUUAGGCAUGGCCAGGUCGAUAAUUGGGAUGCUAUGGAACGGUAUUGGCAGCAAUGUAUUUUUAAUUACUUGCGUUGUGAUCCCGAGGAUCAUUAUUUUUUGCUGACAGAGAGUCCGCUUACUGCACCAGAGAGUAGAGAAUACACUGGUGAAAUUAUGUUUGAGACUUUUAAUGUUCCAGGCCUUUAUAUUGCGGUGAAUUCGGUGCUUGCUCUUGCAGCUGGUUACACGGCAUCUAAGUGUGAGAUGACAGGUGUUGUUGUGGAUGUUGGAGAUGGGGCUACUCAUGUUGUACCUGUUGCAGAUGGUUAUGUUAUUGGGAGUAGCAUCAAGUCAGUUCCUAUUGCUGGAAAAGAUGUUACUCUCUUCAUUCAGCAGCUCAUGCGGGAAAGAGGAGAGAAUGUACCACCAGAAGACUCAUUCGAGGUUGCUCGAAAAGUAAAGGAAAUGUAUUGUUAUACAAGUUCAGACAUUGUCAAGGAGUACAACAAGCAUGACAAAGAACCAGCAAAAUAUAUUAAGCAAUGGAGAGGUAUCAAACCAAAGACAGGGGCACCAUACACUUGUGAUAUUGGUUACGAACGAUUUCUUGGCCCUGAGAUUUUCUUUAAUCCGGAGAUCUAUAGCAGCGAUUUUACCACUCCUUUACCAGCUGUAAUAGAUAAGUGUAUCCAGUCUGCGCCAAUUGACACAAGAAGGGCAUUGUAUAAGAAUAUAGUUUUAUCUGGAGGAUCAACCAUGUUUAAGGACUUCCACAGAAGGUUGCAACGGGAUUUGAAGAAGAUUGUGGAUGCUCGGGUUCUUGCCUCUGAUGCUCGACUUGGUGGUGAAUUAAAAGCGCAACCUGUGGAAGUUAAUGUUGUCAGCCAUUCUAUCCAGAGAUUUGCAGUAUGGUUUGGUGGUUCAGUACUUGCAUCAACACCAGAAUUUUUUGCGGCUUGCCAUACAAAAGAAGAGUACGAGGAAUAUGGAGCAAGCAUAUGCCGCACAAAUCCUGUUUUCAAGGGGAUGUAUUGAUAAAAAGAAUGAUUUCUGCUGAUUGUUUGGCAGGCAUUUCUUGAUGUUGUUCCAUCAAUUGCCUAAGCCUCAUUGCCCUCCUCUCAUCUUUGCUUCUUGUUAAAUGUUAAUCAUGGAUGAGAAAUGGUGUAAAAUAUAGGGGAAAAAAAUAGGUUUCCUGUAUUCAUUCAUUGAUUAGGGAGCUAAAGAGGAAUUUCUCAUCUGCCAAUAGGAUGCGGCAAUUUGGUUGCAAGUAGGCCGUGCUGGCACUUCGGAUCAGAUAAGAAAUUAUGAAUUAGGCAAACAUCAACACAGCUGAAUUGCAUUUGAAGUGUUCAGCUUAGAAGGAUAUGAUAAAAAAAAAUUUCCCUUUUUUCCUUUUAAAUUGGUUGGGAGAGAUUAUUUCAGCAAGGUAUAUUUUGAGGUAGGCAGUUUGAUUCAUAUUAUUUGUCGUAUUGGAAGUACUAAUUUGAGUUAGAAAUUUGUUUAUGUGAAUUCAAUUUCUGUAUCCUCUUGUAGGUACAUGUACUGUACAUUGUAUGAAUGUUAAGAAACUUGUAUAAUGUGGAUGAUUCUUAGAAUUCUCAAUUGUU